AGCUCAUUGCUCAUAGGCGGGCGACUUCACUCCGUGGUCCGUGGGGGAGCCUUCGCGGGUUCGCACUCUGGAUUCGUCUUAUAGGCAGACCAAACGUCCCAUUCCUCAACCCUCCCUCUCCUUGCUAAGCUCACAACCUCAAGUCCUCGAUAACUGGAGAAGAAUUUCUGGGAGCAACUUUGCUUCUGGCUGGGCACCAAGCAGCCGGCGGGUGUGCAGAUCUGCAGAACUAGUGCGCGUCGACCAUCGUUCGUAGCGAUCAUGGAGGUGGUCUCUUGCAGCCACUCUUGCUCGGCAUUACAUCAAACACCUAGAAGGGCCUGGAGGCUACGGGGCAGUGGUUUUGGUCUGGGGCAUGCCAAGCCUCGAAUCAGAAGAAGUGUGAUUCUUUGUGUUGGAACCACAAGCGGAACUUCAAAUCCGGCUGAUUCCGGCAAAGUUCAUGCCACCCAGGGAUUCUCUGUGAGUGAUAUGGAUGUAAACCUGCAGGGCAUUCCUUCCAGGAAAGCUGAAGAGAUUGAGAAGGUGAUGAUUCAGGGCCUGCCGGAAGGCCCUGAUAGCUCUCCAAUUAGUACCGGAUUCUGGGAGUGGAAGCCGAAGCUGACAGUGUACUAUGAGAGGUCUGGCACUGAGAAUAGCAAAGCGCCUGCGGUGCUCUUCCUGCCGGGGUUUGGAGUUGGGACAUUCCAUUUCGAGAAGCAACUGAAGGAUCUUGGUCGCGAUCACAAGGUGUGGACGAUGGAUUUUCUUGGGCAGGGAAUGUCGUUGCCGUGUGAAGACCCAGCUCCUAGCACCAUAGCAGGGGAACAGAGCACAGAGGCAUUUUGGGGCUUCGGACAAGAUUCACAGCCUUGGGCAGAGGAGCUAGUGUAUUCUGUAGAUUUAUGGCAAAACCAAGUUCAGCAUUUCAUUGAAGAGGUUAUCCGUGAACCAGUUUACAUUGUGGGGAACUCUCUUGGAGGAUUUGUUGCUAUGUAUUUGGCUGCGUCCAGUCCACACCUUGUAAAAGGUGUCACGUUGCUCAAUGCAACACCAUUUUGGGGAUUCUUUCCUAACCCUGCUACAUCUCCACGGUUGUCAAAGAUUUUCCCAUGGGUUGGGACAUUUCCUCUUCCAUCAUUUGUGAGGAAACUUACUGAAGCAGUUUGGCAGAAGAUAAGUGACCCAAGAAGUAUACAUGAUAUACUCAAGCAAGUAUACGCUGACCACUCAACAAAUGUGGACAAUGUAUUCUCUCGUAUUGUGGAAAUAACACAACACCCAGCUGCUGCUGCAUCAUUUGCCUCCAUUAUGUUUGCCCCAAGGGGUCAGAUAUCCUUCCAAGAGGCAGUCUCUAGGUGCCAAAGCCAAGGUGUUCCCAUAUCUCUUAUGUAUGGAAGAGAAGAUCCUUGGGUUAGACCUAUUUGGGGUAUCAAAGUCAAACAACAGGUGCCAGAAGCACCUUAUUAUGAAAUCAGCCCUGCUGGUCACUGUCCUCAUGAUGAGGUCCCUGAGGUUAUAAACUACUUACUCCGUGGGUGGCUGAAGAACCUCGAGUCUGAGGGUUCAAUCGACCUGCCGUUUCUCGAAGAACCCAGCUAUGCUGAGCAUGGUGUAUCGAGGGAGCUGGAAUUUGUCAGAGAAGGGUCAAGGAAAUCAGUUAGUGUGCGGCUCUAUGGUUCCAAAAUUUCUCUCUGGAGCCAACUGAGCUCGUUCUUGAACACCCGUGCCUCCAAUUCACGGGUAGUUUCUAGAUGAUUCAUCCUUUCAAGCUAAGUAGAUAUUAGAACUUAAAGCUUCGAUUCAAUAUUGUAUUUGUUAUUUUAUUAAGUUAGUCUUCGAUAGUUGUAGUAAAUAGACAGCGUUCUGUGAAUUUUUAGUGAACGUAAAUAUGUGUAGUACAGAUCCAGCCUCAAUCAUAUGGUCCAUAGCCCUGUCAAAGGUAUUCUAGCUAGUUCUAUACCUCUGUGCAUACCCACAAAAGGGCAUUGCGUCAACACAAACUGAUCCUGUCAUAAUAUGUGGGGAUAUCGUAGUGGUAUCCUACUAGCUGACACUACUGUUUCGUUUGAUCCUUUGAAUUUCAGGAUUCUAUGUUUGAUAUGAUUAUUUGCUGUCUUCAAGCAGCUUCUGGAGAA